AUGACGCGUACGGCAAACUUUCCCUUUCUCUUUGGCCGCCAAGAAAGUGUGGCUGCUAGCGACGGUGCUGGUGUUGUUAGUGCAGCGCAGAACACGCCUAAAGCCGGCGCAGGCGGAUCCAAGGCUCCAUCCCCAUCACCAACAUCAACAGGCGCAGGUGCAUCAUCCCAAGUUCUGGCCAGCAAGACGCAAACACACAUCACUGACAACACCGCACAAUCAACCGCCUCCCAAGAUCAACCUCUCGAAGUCGUCCUGCAACGCUCUGCUGCAUUCAGUCUUGAGUCUGCACCACCCGUUCUAUUCAACGAUCCUCUGCCACUGUCGUUUGCCCCAACCAUGGCUGCACCGCCGGGGGGUUAUUCAAUCAAUGUCAACGAUCCGAGUCUGAUUGCUCUCGUCAACAAGCUACAAGAUGUGUUCACGACAGUGGGUGUGCAAAAUCCCAUAGAUCUUCCUCAGAUUGUGGUUGUCGGAUCGCAAUCCAGUGGAAAGAGUUCCGUGCUCGAAAACAUUGUUGGGAGAGACUUUCUACCUCGAGGCUCCGGAAUUGUCACGCGGCGGCCCCUCGUCCUUCAACUGAUCAACAGACCCGCGCCUGCGAAGUUGCAAUCGAAUGGCGUUUCAGAAGAAGAAUUGAAAAAGACCAGCGACAGCCAGGCUAAUGUUGAUGAAUGGGGAGAAUUCCUCCACUUGCCAGGACAGAAGUUCUUUGAUUUUAACAAGAUUCGCGAUGAAAUCGUGAAAGAAACCGAAGCAAAAGCGGGACGAAAUGUCGGCAUCUCGCCCGCGCCCAUCAACUUGCGCAUCUACUCACCCAAUGUCCUCACCCUUACACUGGUUGAUCUGCCCGGUUUGACAAAGGUGCCUGUCGGUGAUCAACCCCGAGAUAUCGAAAGACAGAUCAAAGAGAUGGUCCUCAAGCAGAUAUCGAAGCCCAAUGCCAUCAUUCUCGCUGUCACCGCUGCAAAUGUGGAUCUGGCAAACUCGGACGGUCUGAAGCUCGCCCGAGAAGUCGACCCCGAGGGUCAGAGAACGAUCGGUGUCCUAACCAAGAUUGAUUUGAUGGACGCUGGAACCGAUGUUGUCGAUAUUCUAGCCGGGCGGAUUAUCCCACUCAGACUAGGCUACGUACCCGUGGUCAACCGAGGCCAACGAGACAUUGAGAACAAGAAGAGGAUAGACUUGGCUUUGAAAGCAGAGAAGGACUUUUUCGAUAAUCAUCCUUCUUAUCGCAACAAGGCUUCGUAUUGCGGCACCCCGUAUCUGGCCCGAAAGCUCAAUCUCAUUUUGAUGAUGCACAUCAAACAGACUCUACCCGACAUCAAGAACCGCAUUGCUAGCUCACUUCAAAAAUACUCUCAGGAACUUGAGCAAUUGGGAGCUGGAGAUCUGCUCGGUCAUAACAGCUCAAACAUUGUCCUCAACAUCAUUACCGAAUUCGCCAACGAAUACAGAACUGUUCUCGAGGGACAUAGCCAGGAACUAUCAAGCAACGAACUCUCGGGUGGUGCCAGAAUUUCCUUCGUCUAUCAUGAACUCUACUCAAAUGGUAUUAAAGCCAUCGAUCCCUUUGAACAAGUUAAGGACAUUGACAUUCGGACAAUGUUGGUCAAUUCCUCAGGUUCAUCACCUGCACUGUUUGUCGGUACGACGGCGUUUGAAAUCAUUGUAAAGCAGCAAAUCAAACGUCUUGAGGAACCUUCACUGAAGUGUGUGUCGCUUGUCUUUGACGAACUCGUGCGCAUUCUUCAGCAACUACUUACGAAACAACUCUUCCGACGAUAUCCUCAACUCAAGGAGAGGUUCCAUGGAGUUGUGAUCUCAUUUUUCAGAAAGGCCAUGGACCCAACGAACAAACUCGUCAAAGAUUUGGUGGCAAUGGAAGCCUGUUACAUCAACACAGGGCAUCCCGAUUUCUUGAACGGCCACCGUGCUAUGGCCAUUGUCAAUGAAAGACACAGUGCCGCCAAGCCCACUCAGGUGGAUCCAAAGACGGGCAAACCACUUCCUCCCUCGGUUCCGCCUCGAGCCAACUCUCCAGGUCUUCCUACCGACGGUUCAGAGCCAAAUUCGGGCUUCUUUGGAUCAUUCUUUGCGAGUAAGAACAAGAAGAAGAUGGCGGCAAUGGAGCCUCCGCCUCCAACGCUGAAGGCCAGUGGAACACUCUCGGAACGGGAAAACCAAGAAGUCGAAGUCAUCAAACUCUUGAUCAACAGCUAUUUCAACAUUGUGCGAAGGACGAUGAUUGACAUGGUACCCAAAGCCAUCAUGUUGACUCUCGUACAAUUCACAAAAGACGAGAUGCAACGAGAACUCCUUGAACAAAUGUACAGGACACAAGAGCUUGACGAACUUUUGAAGGAAAGCGACUAUACCAUCAGACGACGAAAAGAGUGUCAGCAAAUGGUCGAGAGCUUGAGCAAGGCCAGUGAGAUUGUUAGCCAGGUGCAAUAG